AUGGCUACGAAUUCAAUUAAACUUUUGGCACCCGAUGUGCAUCGUGGGCUUGCUGAAUUGGUUUCUAAGAGAUUAGGCAUAGAUUUGACGGACAUAAAAUUGAAAAGGGAUCCCUCUGGUGAAGUAUCGUUCUCUAUAGGAGAGUCUGUCCGUGAUCAAGACAUUUUCAUUAUCAUGCAAAUUGGAUCCGGUGUUGUAAACGAUCGGGUUUUGGAGCUUCUUGUCAUGAUCAAUGCUUCAAAAACCGCAUCGGCGCGCAGAAUAACGGCUGUCAUUCCCAAUUUCCCUUACGCUAGACAAGAUCGGAAGGAUAAAAGCCGUGCCCCUAUAACGGCAAAACUCAUGGCAGAUAUGCUAACAACGGCCGGGUGCGAUCACGUUGUUACCAUGGAUCUGCAUGCUUCUCAAAUCCAAGGUUUUUUCGAUGUGCCCGUCGACAACCUAUACGCGGAGCCCAGCGUUGUGCGCUACAUUCGCGAACAUGUGAAUUACAAAGAGUCUAUCAUCAUUUCUCCAGAUGCCGGUGGAGCCAAAAGAGCUGCUGCGUUAGCCGACAGACUCGAUCUCAACUUCGCUUUGAUUCACAAAGAAAGAGCUCGUGCGAACGAAGUCUCCAGAAUGGUUCUUGUGGGUGAUGUUACGGAUAAGGUCUGCAUAAUCGUCGAUGACAUGGCUGACACCUGUGGUACGUUGGCUAAAGCCGCAGAAGUUUUACUAGAUCAUCGCGCUAAAUCUGUCAUUGCCAUAGUCACACACGGUGUUCUCUCAGGCAAAGCUAUUGAAAACAUAAACAACUCCAAAUUGGAUCGAGUAGUUUGCACAAACACUGUACCAUUCGAAGAGAAAAUGAAACUAUGUCCCAAGUUGGAUGUCAUUGAUGUUAGUGCUGUACUUGCGGAGAGUAUUCGUCGUUUGCACAAUGGUGAGAGCAUUUCGUAUCUAUUCAAGAAUUAUCCGUUGUAG